AUGCCCGCGAGAACUGAAGCAAACGGUGAGGGUGGAGAAGAGGACCGCAAUCCUCUCGGCGAAUACGAAGGGGAACGAAACGAACAAGGCGAGAGACACGGUCAGGGCAAAGCACUGCUACCGAACGGCGAUAUGUACGUCGGAUCUUAUUGCAAAGGAUCGCGGCAUGGUAAAGGACUCUACGUUUUUCGCAACGGUGCGCGUUACGAGGGCGAAUGGCGCCGCGGCUUGAAGCAUGGUCACGGGACAUUUUGGUACCCGGACGGAACUAAGUACGAAGGAGAUUGGAAACGCGACACGAAGUACGGCUUUGGCGCGUAUUACUAUGCGAACAAGGACGUCUACGAAGGAUCCUGGAAGAAGAAUCUGCGACACGGUAUGGGAACGUACUUGUUCGAGGCGACUGGUACGAAAUUUAACGGAACUUGGAUCAAGGACCGUAUGCAGGGUCCAGGGCAGCUCAUUCAUCCUCGACACCGCUUUCACGGAUUUUGGGAACUGAAUCAGCCCUACGGCCGAGGGUGCUUCACGUUUGAGAGCAACUGCAUGCAGCAUGGACAUUACAUUCACAUCCGGGAUCCGGACUACGACGAAUCUCGAAAAGAGGUCGACGCGCCUGUUGAAGACUCUGUUGAGAGAAUGAUCGAAGAGGUACCUGAAACCACAGAAGAGGCAGUGCAGGAUGGAAAAGUGGCUCCACAAUCCAAGCCACCACUAUUCGAAGAGCCGUUGCCCUUGAAAAAAGGAGUCAUACCUCUGUGGAGAGCCAGGUAUAUCACGGCGUAUAAUCCUGAUCUGCUUCCAUUGGAACCAGCGCCUCUGCAAGAGGAGGCGUCUACGGAUUCGCUAACUGAUAAAUGCGAUGAGGAUCUAUGGCUUGAAGAUAUUGAAUAUUUGAAACACGAAGAAGGAGAAGGCGAAUAUCACGGCGAGGGAAUCGAACGUGCGGAAUAUUUCGGGGACGGUGAUGCGAUAAGUGCAGAUGCUGUGUCAAGUGAAGAUAAAUUUUAAUGAUCACUCAUUGCCAGUUGUGAAUGUUCAAGUUUUAAAGACAAGUUCGACAGAAAUUUGAUAAUGGCCAUUAUAAUGAUUCGUGUACUGCGGAUAAUUAUUCGAAUUACAAUUCACAUUUAUGAUUUUCGAUAAGACGUUAGUUACUAACUUAUAGUAUCGAACAAUAGCGACUGGUCACCCAGACAUUAGGAAACUUUGAAUUUCUACCAUGUUUUUGCGUACGGAAUUUUUUUAAAACGUUCCACCAGCCAGAUAUAAGGUAUGUUUCUUUCACUUUAUCUACAGAUCAUUUCAGUGUUAAUUACUUGAAGAGUUAGGACGGUAUAUUUCUUAGCUGUGGAAACACAUCUACAAGAUCGUGGAAUCACUAGCUGAGAAUAUACGAAGAAAAUAUGAAGAUAUUUUCCAUUUUUCGGCUCUCACUUUCGAUGCGUGGUUCGCAGUGAAUCUAGACUACGCGUAAUCGAUUCCUCUUGCAAAAUUACGUUAACGUAAUGCAUCAAAGAAUCGAUUAUAGCAUUAUUCAAAAUUUGGCCAAAUUUUUACCAUGAAAGUCCAGCCUUGCUUUUUUUCGAUCUUGGGGCCAGAAACGUUUUGCCUUAGAACUAUUUAAGUCUUAGAAUUGAUGCAAAUGACCUUUUCUAGACUAACUGGAUCCCUAGGAUCGCAAUAAAGACAUUCAAACUCUAGAACGCUACUAUAGAGUGGCGGUACACCCCAGUUGUUCCUUGGCAUAAGCUUUCUAUAUGCGAUAACAGGAUUUGAAUAUAAUCAAAUCUGUUCAACUCUUAACAAGGAUGAGAAUGGUGUAGUUAAAAGUCAGUUUCAGAAUAUUGAAGUUAGUGAAAAAACGAUUUAAACGGAAAAGCAUUGUGAGCAUUGGCAAAUUUCUAAAUUUGGGAACAGGACAAAAUCAAUAAUAAUCCACUAUAAAUAUUUUUGUUACAACUUAUAAUGUAUAUUACGCAUCGGGAAAAUAUAAUAAUACUGAAAAGAAAUAAACUUGUGUAAAAUGGUUAGUUACGUUCGCUGCACAGUGGGCAGUAGAGUGUACGAUGUUCUUCGCACAAAAUUCGAUUGCAAAUUGCACAAACAGUACGCGAUUUUCGAUCGUUAGAUCUUGGGCAAAAAGCACACCUUGCCCGCUUUCCGAGGGUGGGGGUACAGUUUGUGUGAACGAUAGGCUUUUCAAUGUCCAGAAUUUCUUCAAUAUACAAUCGCAAGUUCCGACAUAGAUUUACAGUCCGCAGUUUCGCGCGAAGGUGAGGCUCGAUCAAUGCUCUA